AGUGUACUCUGCUCCCAUUCCUGCUAGUUUUGCAGUGGGUUUGGUUUACAGGAGCAGAGCCAGAAUGAAGCUCCUUUUUGUGGCCAGCUUGACCCUGCUGACCCUGUCCUACCUGGACCAGGUGGACUCAUCUGCCUAUGACAAGAUAGUGUACCACAGCCGCAUCCGGGCCAAGAAACAGGGGCCCAACAUGUGUGCCCUUCAGCAGGUCAUGGGCACCAAGAAGAAGUAUUUCAGCACCUGCAGGAACUGGUACAAGGGAACCAUCUGUGGGAAGAAGGCGGUGGUGUUAUAUGAGUGCUGUCCGGGUUACAUGGAGCUGGAGGGAAUGCGCGGAUGCCCAGCAGCGUCCCCCAUUGACAACGUGUACGGCACACUGGGCCUGCUGAAAGCUGACAUCACUAAGCGGUACUCUGACAUAUCCAAGAUUAAAGAGGAGAUUGAUGGAAGUGGCACCUACACCAUGUUUGCACCCACAGAUGAUGCCUGGGACCAGUUAGAUGGUACUGCAAGAAAGGCCCUGGAGGGCAAUGUGAACAAUGAGCUGUACAAUGCGCUGCACUACCACAUGGUCAACAAGCGCCUCGUUACCAAAGAUCUGAAGAAUGAUCUAAAACUGGAAUCAAUGCAUAACAACCAGGGUCUGCACAUCAACCACUAUUCCAACGGAAUUGUAACAGUCAACUGUGCCAGAAUCAUUCACGCUAACCAGGUGGCCACAAAUGGAGUGGUGCAUUUAAUUGACCGGGUAAUCAGUGCAGUGGGCAGCACCAUCAAGGAGGUGAUCAACAGCAAUGAGGAGCUUGGCUCACUGAGUGCUGCUUUUAAUGUGGAAUCAACCCUGCUGGAGAAACUAGACCAGCCUGGACACUACACUCUCUUUGCUCCAACUGAUAAUGCCUUUGACAGCAUGGACAGAGAGGUCAUCGAGCGAGUGCUGGGAGACCAGACUGUCCUUAAAGCCUUUCUGAAGUACCACCUCCUGAACUCGAUGCAGUGCUCGGAAGCCAUAAUGUCUGGCUCAGUUUACGAGACACUGGAGGGCAGCAAUAUUGAGAUUGGCUGUGAUGGUGACAGCCUCACGGUUAACGGCAUUAAGAUGGUGCUGAAGAAGGAUAUCGUUACCAGCAAUGGAGUCAUCCACCUUAUUGAUCAAGUGCUCAUGCCUGACUCAGCUAAGCAGGUGACGGAACUGGUAGGCGGCUCCCAGAGCACUUUUGGUGAUAUGGUGUCUGAGCUGGGUCUGUCUGCAGCGAUGGGUGCUGGAACUCAGUACACUCUGCUCGCCCCGCUUAAUGGAGUCUUCACUGAGGAGGUGAUGUCAAUGGACCAGCGUCUGCUGAAGAUCAUUCUGGAAAACCACAUCUUGAAGCUGAAGGUCACCCUGAGUGAACUGUACAAUGGUCAACUGCUGGAGACUCUGGGAGGGAACUUCCUGAGGGUCUUUAUCUACCGCACGGCCGUGUGCAUCGAGAACGCCUGCAUGGUCAGGGGUAGUAAAGAGGGAAGCAAUGGCGCUCUUCAUCUGCUGACGUCUUUGAUCAAAAUGCCCAAGACCACCAUGUACGAGCUGCUGGAGGCAGAUGGACGCUUCACAGUGUUCCUGUCUCUGAUGGAGAGCGCUGGGCUGACGGAGUUGCUGAAGCAGGAGGGAGCCUACACGGUCUUUGCUCCAACUGACGAUGCCUUUGAUGGCCUGACAGAGGAGGACAUGACCCUUCUCACCAAUGAUGUGAACGCGCUGAGGACCAUCCUGCUGUACCACUUCAGCAAAGGGGUGUUUCUCAAUGGAGGCCUGGAAGGAGGAGUGACCAACAUGAUCAAGACCAUCCAGGGCAACAAUCUCCAAGUGCUGUCUGUCAACAACUCCAUCCAAGUGAACUCAGUGAAUGUUCCAAGCACUGACCUCAUGGCAUCCAAUGGAGUGGUUCAUGUGGUUAAGACGCUGCUCUAUCCUGGAGAUCUGCCGGUGGGCCGGGAAGAGCUGCUGCUUCUGCUGAGGAGACUCAUCAAGUACAUCCAGAUCAAGUUUGUCGCUGGAUACACCUACAGGGAGAUCCCUCUCACCUUCAUCAAAAGAAUUAUCACCACCACUCACAUCGUUGAAUCAGUUCCUGAAGUCAAGGUGAUUGAAACCGACCCGUCCCUCAUCAAAGUCACACGAGUGAUUGAAAGACAGCCGACCGUGACAAAAGUGACGAUUGAAGGAGAGCCAAAAUUCACGAAGGUCACGAGGGUGAUUGAAAGUGCUUCAUCUGAUGGAGAAAUUGAAGAAAUUACAAAGCUUCUGGGUGAAGGCUCGGAAGUCAAGGUGAUUGAAACCGACCCGUCCCUCAUCAAAGUCACCCGAGUGAUUGAAAGACAGCCAACCGUGACAAAAGUGACGAUUGAGGGCAACAGUACACGCACUAUCAGAAAAAAGCCCAUUGUGAAGGAAACUGUCAUCAAAGAGGACCCCAAAGUCAGCAAGAUCAAAGUAAUUGAAGGAGAUCCAACCUUUACGAAGGUCACGAGAGUGAUUGAAAGCACCGGUGCUUCAUCUGAUGGAGAAAUUGAAGAACUUACAAAGCUUAUAAAUGAAGGUGGGCCAGGCAUCACCACCAUCACCAAGGUGAUCAAGAAAGAGCCGCAGAUCAUUGAAGGACCAGAUUUCUCACAGAUCACGUCUUUCAAGGACAACCCAGAUCUUAUUGAUGCAGAAUCAGAGAGGAUCACCAAACUCAUCCAACGGGGCGGUUCUCAGAAAAGGGCAGCUGUCAGAAGAUCACCAGCAGGCAUGAAGAAAAGAGUGAGGCUGGUGAGACACCAUUCCAAACCCAGUCAGUGAUCCAGAAGAAGACCACAGCAUCUGUUCACUCCAACGUCUCAAACUAAGAGUGCUGAUCCAGGACCCCGGUUAGCGUUACAGAACAGGGCUGGAACUGAUCCUAGCUCUUCUAACUGAUCAACUGGAUCAGUUCUCUUACUUUGACAAAUGAAGAACAUCUUCAGACUAUCCUGCAGUCUAAAACAGCGAUAAUCAGGAUCAGGGCAGUCUGCUGUUCCCUGCACUCUCUUUGGAGAUUUCUUUGUUAUAAAACAGAUUUUAUCCUGCAAACAUGAUUGGUUUUGAACUCUGCAUGUAAUGUUUACAGCCUCAAAGCAGCAGACAUGCUGACUUCUUUAACAAAUCAUUAUUAAUAGUUGUAAUAAGUGCCUCCCUUACAAUGUUUAUCCAUGGGGAAACUGAAUGGUGGUGGUAUGGUGGGAAUAAGAGGAGAGGUUAGAUAAUAAUAUUUUUAUAUAUUUGACGGCGAGUAAGGAGUUGUUUUUUUUAAUGGAAGACUUGAGGUCUCAUCUGUGCAUGUUUGUGUUUUCCAUGUUUAUGGUGCUUGCGUUGAAGCUUAUGAAUGGUUAGGGAUGUGCAGAACGUCUUCUGUUAUACUGUGGACCUAACCUGUGGGUAACAUGCUUUUACUUUCACUUUACUUUUGACCGUAUCUUUUUUUUUUUGCUUUUUAGAAAUAUGUCUUCAUUCGUUUCAGUCCUUUAAAUUCCUCAAAUGCAGCUGCAAUUCCAGUGUUUCACUCUUAUGUUCUGUUUAUUUUCCAAGGCAUUCUUCUACUCCUGAUGGUGUAUGUAUGUAUGUAUCACAAAGUGCCUCUAAACCCUCCUAAAGUAUGCAAAUAUUACCUCUGUUUGAUCAGCUGUAGUGUCUAAUAAAUAAAUUGAAGGCUAACUGGAAAACUGAA